AUGUCGAAAAUCUCAAAUGAAGACAUAGCGGGCCUAAUGGCUCUGCGGGACUAUGCAUACGACAUCGAUCAGGCAGGUCCUUCCUACGGCCAAGGGGAUACCUUUCAUGGCCGGAAAUGUACAAAACCCAAGGCGAAGAACAAACCCAACGCCGUAGAUGCGGAAUGCAGCUUAGAGAUUGUUGAAAAGAAGCAGGAACUCGAGGCUACAAACAAUACCCUGUUUGAAUUUGAUGAUUUAUUCAACCUAACUGGCUCACCAGACCAGAUGUGUGACGCUGAUCUAGCCCCAAAAAACCUUCAGACACAUAACAACAUCGAGCAGGCCAAUGCCUCCUCUUCGUUAGAGAUUGCCUAUGCCACUAAUGCACUUCAGUCUAACAAGCAGCUUCAGACACCACAGUCGGUCGCUACGGAUGGAAGCGGAGAGAUAAAGCAAUCACCCCUUGACUACAACAUAGAAAUGAAAAAUACGGAGGAGGAUCAUCGCUUUUAUGAGGGGUUCGCAACCUAUGCCGUCGGCCCACACGUUGCGCCUUUACAGCCAUGCGUAGAUCAAGAAGAUAACAUGAAUCCUGGGAAAACUCAAGAUUUCCAGGCGACCACCCUACACCAGCCUGCUGUGGACUAUUCUAUUUCUGAUGCAUACAGCGCGUCGCCUCGUCCCGUACAAGCCCUUGGCAACUCGUCGAUACCAGGGCCGGAACUUAUGACAUGGAAUACUCAGGAUACUCCAAGUCAUAAUGAUGGCGCAGUUGAGGUCAAGGACGAGAGGUACAGCUACAAAGACCCCAGUGAUUUGGUCAUCCUGCAAUUUUCUUCCUCAAAAGAAGCCAACGACUAUCGCCCAGAUAGACGGCCUAUGCCAUUUGAUGCUACAAUUCCACGCAACGCCUAUGAACGACAAGAGUGUGUUAUCAAACUUAUAAAGGCUAUGAGAAGCUUUGAAUGCGCUACGGAUAAUUGGGGAAUGAUCAAGCCUUUUGCAACUAAGAAAUUCAGUGGCAGAAAGAUCGAAAUAUGCUGCUGGAAUAUCCUGGAUUGCUGUAUUGUGCGACAAGAAGCUGGCCCAUUUCUCACACCAGAGGAAGAAGCAUUGAAGAACAAAACUAGAAAGAAUAAGCAGAACUUUGCAGAGCGCUUUGGAGAUAUGCUUCGAAUUUUGAGGACCCGCAAGACUGUCUGUCGCCAUUUGCUAGAUCCUUACUAUCUUCUCCAAUUUGUGGACGACCCAAACUCAUGUUUAAGUCGUGUUGACUCCAACAAGACUCUCAAUGCGAAGAAAAAGCAGACUAUAGAUGCUGGCAAGAAGGUUAUAGCCAAGAGAGCUGCAGAGGAUGAUGUCGCUGCCGAAGACGAGGCUCAACGCCCACUUGCGAGUCCUUUCUCUACCCCCAAACAAGAAGUCUCGGUUAGCAGCAGCUCAUCUAAUCUUGGCUAUUUGAAUCCGCCAGUGGCUCUAUCUGCUCAACAACACUUGGGAUCAGCACACGCUGACUUUCAUCAGCUAAGCCCUCAGGUCAGCCCUAUAAUGGGUAUGCAACCACAGCUUAUCCAGCACUCUGCAUCGGGCGCACAGCUACCCUAUCAUGUACACCCAGUUGGUAGUCUUGAUGCUAGAUCAUCCACCGGAUUCCAUCAAGGCCAAACAUAUACUCCUAGGAGUGGAGCAGCUACCAAUGCAUCCCGGUCCAACAUGGGUACAAUGGCUAGUCCCAUAUACCCUAACAUUCUUUCUCCUCCGAGGUCACCUUGGAAUCAGACCUACUCCAAUGCCAUUCCAUCUUCACAAUAUCCCCCAAGAACCCCAAACAUGCUAUCUGCAACGCCACAUUUUGCCUCUACGUCAGUUUCUAGCGAGGUCACUCCCGGUCCCCAACCGAAGCCAGCCCGCAAGGCUUCUCGAAAGAGAUCUGCUGACAUCCCUAACCAUUUAGAAAGUUCUGCGAAGAAGGCGCAUCAUUGA